AUGACGCCGCCGCCGCCUGCUCAAAUCCAGCCGAACCCGGAUGACGAUGUCUUCGGGCCUUCACAUGAACCCAAAUACUCGCCCAUGUCGUUUCACCUACCCCGAAAGAUGUCGGCGUCACCAUCAACCACGGCGAGCGACACACCGCCAAAAAUCCCACCAAAGUCAAGGGCUCGGUCCCAGACAUCUGCCAGCACGGAGAGGAUGAAGGAGCGGAUUGCUAGCGCCAUGCUGGAGGUCGAUAAGCUCCAGCGCGAGAUUGACUUAGUCAUGGAACGUCAGAGCAUUUACAUCAGCAGUCGACCUUCGACAGCUCAUUCGAUGGCAAAGACGGUGCACGACGAGGAACCCAUACCCACGGUCCCCGCCUUGCCGCCUAGUGCGCCAUCGUUCGCCGAACGCCUGAACCCCGGGGCCGAGCGGCCUCACACAGCACCACCCCGGCCACCGGUAUACAUAUCCCACGGCGGUAUGGCUUUCACGGACGCCUCCGGGGCAUUCCUCACACCACCACCAAGCCGCGGCAGGGAGAUCCGGCCCCCACCCCCGCCCCUGCCACUCGUUCUACGCCCUCCGUUGCGAAAGAAGAAAUCUUUUUCGCGCGUCUCCAGCUGGUUGUUCCCCAGCGGUGCAGCAGGACCGCACCAUCAACGGAGCAUCAGCCACGACUCCAUCACUAAUCUUCCACGACCCGUCAAGGGCCGCGAGGGUUUCUACCAAUGUGUUCAUGUGCCGCGGGGCGAGCGCAUGAGCUGCGACACAAAGUCGACUGUGUCGACAUGGGAGUCGGAAGACGGAGGUCAGACAGUCCCGACAACAUGGUCGCCAGGCAGCACUCUCGCCACCAGAGCGGAUGAGCCGCCGCUGGAGCGCGUCACUAUGUUUGGGAAGGAAAAUGAUGCCAGUGGUUCUGGAAGGACUAACUACGCGGUGGCGUUUUGA